UUUCCUCCUUCCCAUUUCUAGAGGAGCGCAGUUGACAGAUAGGCGACAUGAACACACACGCGUUCCCGUCCACCAGCUGUACAGGAUAGAUGCACAUUAAAACGGCUUGUGGUUUCUCCUCUUUUACCGUGAUUUCCCGGAGCUCGUAAUGCAGCAACGUGGGUCGGCAUAAACGGAGACAAGGAGGAAAAAGAUGCUCUGCUGCACGCUUGAGGUUUUGCACCGUAGGGCAGUGUGUUAUUGACGAUUAUUUGUUUGUUUGUUGUUGUUGCACGGCGUGGAAUAAUGCAUCGAGACACAACUUUGUUCCCAGGCCUGUUAGACUGCAAGACGUUUCAUUAUCUCUCAUAAAAAAAGUGCAUUUAUUUGUUAGCCCCGGCGCAUGCUAUAAGUAAUCCUGUUAUUCUUGAACAUAGCUCAGCGCUUCAGUGAACGCCAGUGCCAUUUAAUCUCACCCCCCCGGAGCCCUGUGCUGUUUUAUGAUUUCCAUUUUUAACACCCCCCCCCCUAGAAUCCCGCAGUCUAUAUUGAUGUCAGAGGUUUUUGCGUUAUGUAGAGAGGAGAGAGCUCUGGAGUUGUGUUGCCAGAUGAUUGGUAAAUUGUUGAUGUAGGCAGGCCUAACCUCCGUUUAUGCAGAUCCGAUCGAUAGCGAGAUAAAGAGGGCUCCGGCAGGCUGUUUGUGCCACUCUCCUAAGUGUCACGGGGGUGUGUUUUUAAAAGCGCGCAUAUCUAGUUGUUGUGUUUUAUCCCACGUGCCCAUAAGCAGCAGAGAGAGAGAGAGAGAGGGGAGAGGGCGAGAGAGAGAGAGAGAGGAGAGACUGUCAAACCCGCUGUGCAGUCUCGGAGAAUAUUACUGUAAGGCAGCGUCUCCAGAAAAAGUUUCAAUGGUUUUCCGAAAGUUGCCCGGUGUGUCGGCAUCGGGCAUGGGUCUGCGCCUGUCCCAGAAAUUCAUGUUUCUGCUCUUUCUCUCGGGUUUGGUAACACUGUGUUUUGGGGCCCUUUUCUUUUUGCCCGACUCUGUCCGGCUAAAGCGCAUUUUCCUGUCCAAGACAGAGACCCAGCCGGUAACGGUCGGCUCCGGGUCCGAGAACGAUGCCAGGGAGCACUUAAAAAAGCCCCGCGACCAGGAGCAUCCGCGGGGCAUGACCUCGGCCAAAGGAGAGACCAGCACCAAGCUGAAAACUCUGAGCCGCAAACCGUCCGUCUCUCAUGAGGCGACCGAGGAGCGGCUCGCCGGGGGCAAAGCGCAGGAGGAUUUCACUCUGCCCAGGUCCAAAGCGGAGUCCGCCUCGGAGAGAGCCACCGCUUCUGACCGCGGUGCCACCUCGGAUACUUUCAGUUACGCGAAGUUCAAGGGCUGCCUGCUCAAAGCCCCGCUGGGGAGAGACAACGGCAAGCCCAGCGACCCCAGGACCGACGAGCGCCGGGAGAAAGUCAAAGAGAUGAUGAAGUUUGCCUGGGACAACUACAAGCGGUAUGCCUGGGGCAAGAAUGAGCUGCGGCCUGUGACGAGAAAUGGGCAUAUUGGCAAUAUGUUCGGUGGCCUGAGAGGAGCCUCCAUCAUUGACUCACUGGACACACUAUAUAUUAUGGGACUGAUGGAAGAAUAUAAUGAUGCCAAGGAGUGGGUGCAGACCAGCCUGGACCUAAACUCGAACGGCGAGGCAUCACUCUUCGAGGUGAACAUCCGUUACGUUGGCGGUUUGCUGUCGGCGUACUACCUGACAGGAGAGGAGGUGUUCAAGUCAAAAGUACUGGAGCUGGGAGAGAAGCUGCUGCCUGCCUUCAACACGCCAACUGGAAUCCCCCGAGGAGUCAUCAACCUGGGGAGUGGCACCAGUUGGAGCUGGGGGUGGGCCUCAGCCGGGAGCAGCAUCCUGGCUGAGUUUGGGACCCUUCACCUUGAAUUCGUCCAUCUGACGGAGCUCUCCAGGAAUUCCAUCUACACAGAGAAGGUGAUGAACAUCAGAAAACUACUUAACAAGAUUGAAAAACCCCAUGGGCUGUACCCCAACUUCCUCAGCCCUGUCAGUGGCAACUGGGUCCAACAUCAUGUUUCCAUCGGUGGCCUCGGGGAUAGUUUCUACGAGUAUCUGAUCAAAUCAUAUCUGAUGUCAGACAAGACAGACGACGAUGCGAAGAAGAUGUACUAUGGCGCACUAGAGGCGAUUGAAGCCAACCUGGUACAGAAGUCACCUGGUGGUCUCACCUACAUGGCCGAGUGGAGGGGAGGGAUCCUGGAUCACAAGAUGGGCCACCUGGCCUGCUUCUCUGGGGGCAUGAUCGGCAUUGGGGCUGAUGAUGGUGCACCGGAGAAGAGGCAACACUACCUGGACCUGGCUGCUGAGAUCACACACACAUGCCAUGAGAGCUACACUCGCUCAGCCACCAAACUGGGACCUGAGGCAUUCAGAUUUGAUGGCGGAGGUGAAGCCACAGCAACCAGGCUAAACGACAGAUAUUACAUCUUGAGACCAGAAGUCAUCGAGAGCUACAUGUACAUGUGGAGACUGACCCAUGACCCCAAGUACAGAGAGUGGGGUUGGGAGGCUGUUGAGGCCCUGGAGCAGCACUGCAGAGUGGAGUCUGGCUUCUCUGGGAUCCGUGAUGUUUACACCAUGACAGUCAGCCAUGAUAACAUGCAGCAGAGCUUCUUCCUCUCAGAGACACUCAAGUAUCUGUACCUGCUCUUCUCUGAUGAUGACCUUCUCCCACUGGAGGACUGGGUCUUCAAUACAGAAGCCCAUCCGCUGCCCAUCGUCCGCAAGACCUGCCUGCAGGACAAAGCAACACAGGAUAAGACAGUCUCCAUAUAAGACUGAAAACCACCAACAAUUGAGACAGUUACUGACACAUGUGCACACACAGAGUCACAAAUAUUGCAAACACCAAUUCAGUGCAGGUUCAGAGUCAUUUCAGGAGCGCGUUAUGGACUCUCAAUUCCUUUCCAGUAAAGGAUGUUGUCGUUUUACGCUGUGAUUGUAUAUCCUUUUGCCGGGCUGACUUCCUGCUGGCACUUCUUUUUUGUGGACAAUCAAGACAAACAUGACUUUCAUGAAAAGAGCACCUUUUUCUUUCCUUCUUUCCUCUGUGAGGAAACCAGUAUAACUUGCAGACCCAAAUGUAUGGGGGGAUGGUUGAACUAUGGGCCAUAUUGUUAGAAAGAGAGAGAAACGUAUAGUAAACCACUCGAGUUUUGCUCUUUGAUUUUGUUGUUUUGUUAAUCUUAAGUGACGAAUGAUUUCCUUAUAUCUUGUCAUUGCAUUUUUUCCUUUGUGAGUACACUCUUUGACCAAAGGUUUCUUUGCAUUUCUAUUCCCCUCUUUUCCAGUAAUGUGUUUUUGGUGAGAUUUGACAGAAAGUAAAAUUUACUAUAGGGAUGAAUUGUAAUGACUAUUGAUUAAUGUACAGAAAAACGUGAAGUGAUUCUCGAAUCCACCUCCAAACUAAUGUUGAUGUCAUGUUUCUUACUGAAACAAGCUUGAAUUCAAUUUUUUCAAGUUAAGAGGUGUCAGGAAAAUGGCAGUGUCUUAUGCAUCCAGGGACCAUUUAUCAAAAGACUGAUGUUGGGUUGUGUUUCCGCUGUAUGCUUGGGUUAUUUUGUGAACAGGACAAUGCUUUCUCAGUCCUCUCAGCCUUUCAAAUCAAAAUAACAAAUGGAGUACUGUCCGUUCUGUGGUUGUAAUACACGCAUAAAUGAAAAAGAAGCUAGCCAGCUCCAAAUGGGUUUUCCUAUUUCUGUUGUAUUUUUUCUGCUUCACCCUGCCUUUACAUGUGAAUCCAUACGGCUGCCAAUACUGAUGUUAAAGGCUGUAACCGAGAGCCGACUGCAGAGACGAGAUUUCAUUUUCACUGUUCUUUUCAUCACUGCUGUCCUGCACAGUUGUGGAGCGAAUGUGAUGUACAUACAGAUGAAGUGAGUGACCCCUGUAUGAGCUUGUCUUGACUUUAUUUUGUGAUUUUUUCUUUCUUUUCUUUUUUUAAACUUAGGUGGUUAUUUUAUUUUCUGGGUUCACUUUUGAUUUGCUUCCCUCAGGUGUUUCAGUAAAAAAAGAAAAACUAAAACGUUCUGAUUUAAAGUCUAGUUAUUGCUGAUAUUAAUUAUUGUUAUUACUUAUUCUUACUGUUUGAUUUAACUUUCAUUGUUGAAUAUUUUUCAAAUACUGAUAAAAAAGACCUGUGCAACUUUGUACAUU